UUCUCAUCACCUGCAUUUUUCGUUUGUUAUUCUCCACAAACAGAUAGGCACAGAGAGAGAGAGAGAGAGAGAGAGAGAGACAAUGGCAACCCUUAAAGUGCCAGCUCAUGUUCCUGCACCUUCUGAGGAUGCUGAGCAACUUCGUAAAGCUUUUGAAGGCUGGGGUACCAAUGAGCAAUUGAUUAUAGACAUAUUGGCUCACCGGAAUGCCGCACAGCGCAAUUUAAUUCGAAUAUCCUAUGGUGAAGCUUAUGGCGAAGAUCUUCUUAAGUCGUUGGAUAAGGAACUUUCAAGUGACUUUGAGCGGGCUGUGCUGCUAUUCACAUUGGACCCUGCAGAGCGUGAUGCAUCUCUGGCUAAUGAAGCUACAAAGAGGUUCACAUCAAGCAAUUGGGUUCUCAUGGAAAUAGCUUGCACUAGGAGUUCAUAUGAACUAUUUAAUGUGAGGAAGGCAUAUCAUGCUCGUUAUAAGAAAUCCCUUGAAGAAGAUGUUGCACACCACACUACUGGAGACUACCGCAAGCUUUUGUUCCCACUUGUUAGCGCAUUCCGAUAUGAGGGAGAGGAGGUGAACAUGACAUUGGCAAAAUCAGAGGCUAAGAUACUUCGUGAUAAGAUCUCCGAUAAGCAUUACAAUGAUGAGGAGGUGAUCAGGAUUCUGACUACAAGGAGUAAGGCACAGCUAAAUGCAACUCUCAAUCACUACAAUACUGCAUUUGGGAAUGCUAUCAACAAGGAUUUGAAGGCUGACCCCAGUGAUGAAUUUCUCAAAUUGCUGAGAGCUGCGAUUAAGUGCUUAACUGUCCCUGAGAAGUAUUUUGAGAAGGUUCUACGGCAAGCCAUCAAUAAGUUGGGAACAGAUGAAUUGGCUCUCACUAGAGUUGUGACAACUCGGGCAGAGGUGGACAUGGUACGUAUUAAGGAGGAAUAUCAGCGAAGAAACAGUGUCACUCUGGAAAAAGCAAUUGCUGGAGAUACUUCUGGAGACUAUGAGAGAAUGCUUCUUGCCUUGAUUGGAUAUGGAGACGUCUAAGCUGUUUUCUUUGUUCAGUUCUUCUUAUGACUACCUAGUUUGCAUUGCCAGCUAUGAGUUGUUUGUUUGGGUUUAUGUCUUCGUCUUCGUUGUGUGCCCUUCACUUUUGUUUACUGCUGCUUCCGUGUGGAACUUUCAAGAUGGACUAAUUGAAUUGGGUGUUCUUAUUUUAGUGUUU